AUGGCCUAUCAAUUACGGGUAAAUAGCCAAAUUCGGGCACGUAGUGUACGUGUUGUUGAUGACGGUGGUGGACAACUUGGUAUUUUAGAUCUGAGUAAAGCAUUAGAAGCUGCUGAUAAUCGUGGUUUAGAUCUUGUUGAAGUUGCGCCAAAUGCUACGCCUCCAGUUUGUCGUAUUAUGGAUUUUGGUAAGUAUAAAUAUUUACAGAAAAAGAAAUCCCAGGAAGCAAAGAAAAAACAACAGACGAUUACGGUAAAAGAGAUCAAACUUCGGCCUCAGACAAAUCUACAUGAUUUAAAGACGAAGACGCGCCAUAUUCGUCGUUUUAUUGAGAAUGGGGAUAAAGUUAAAGUUAAUGUUUUUUUUCGAGGACGGGAAAUGGCUCAUCCCGAGUUAGGUGAAGAUAUUUUACAACGUGUAUCAGAUGAAGUUCAAGAUAUUGCACGAGCCGAGGCAAGGCCUGCUAUGGAAGGCCGAAGAAUGAUUAUGACGUUAGCGCCUAGUACUGGUGAAGGAAGCGAUAAAACUAAGGAAACACUAGAACGAGCACUAGCUUAUAGUUACCGUGAUCGAAAAGUACGUAAGCGAAAUUUUCGACGACUUUGGAUUGUUCGUAUUAAUGCAGCUGUACGCCAGCAUGGUCUGAAAUAUGCUACGUUUAUUAGUGGUCUUCAAACAGCAGGUGUUGAUGUCAAUCGUAAAAUGUUAGCAGAUCUAGCUGUGACAGACCCUGUAGCCUUUUCAGAUCUCGUUGACGUUGCUAAGAACGCUAACGACGUUUAG